AUGAAAAUUCCUCUUAGUCAUUUUCUACUUUAAANAAAGGUUUAUAAGUAAUAUCUCCAAUUGGUUGAGUUUAGUCGACUUUUCAUUAAUGGAUGCUUGUAUUUGGGUUCUGAUAUUCAUGGAUUUGAUUACCAUAUAUUCUCAAAUGAUAUUGAUCAUAUCUAUUAAAAUAAUGGUUCAGAAUGGAGAGUUUUAGAUGAAAAUUAAGUGUAAUAACUAUUUAAGACUUUGAAUGUUUGUGGUGUAAAGGAAAGAGAAUUGUAAACCAAUAUUCAAAAAUUAAUGGCUUGUGAGUUAUUUAAUGAUCAAGAAACAAAAGAAUUGAUCACAAUUAAAAAUGUUGAGCAAAGUUAAGUAUAAGCCGGAAAUCGAAGUCCAAAGCAAUUAAUAGUCAAAAUACUACUAGAAGUUGUGUAGAAGUAUACUGAUAUUUUGAUGGUCAGAAAAUUGAGAUGGGAAUCAUACAAGAUCAGAGAAAAGUUUUAAAAUACAAUUAAAACACUUGAAAACCCUUUGGAUAUGGUUGAUUUCAUGAAGAUUCUAAUUGAAUAGUUUGAGACUGCUUAAGUAUUGAUAAUAGAUUAGUAAAAAAUGCAGAAUGGAAAUCAGUAUGAUCAAAGAGAUUUAAAGGAAUUCUAGUAAAGAUUGCGUUUAUACGAAAAUAAGUUGAAAGGGUUGAAAGAACCUGAGAAGAUUUUAUUUUAUGAUACUCAACUAUUCUAAAUGAUGGAAUCAAGAGAACACAUAAAACCUAAUGGUGUGAAAUUCAAUACGAAAUUCUGGUAAUAGAGUUUAGGAUUAGAAGUCAAAGAAGCAUUGAUGAAUUUCGCAAAUAAGGUAGAUAAAGAAAAUUAACAAUAUGAUGUAGUAUUUAUGGCCAGUACCUUAUUGUUAGCAGUUCAAGAAUAUGAACUCUCGAGUUCUGCUUAAGACAACGAAGAUGAUGAACUACUGAAAUAGAUUGUAAAGGAUGUUAAAUUUGAUAAUUCUAAUCUUUCAUCUAAAAUAGAUAAUCAUUAGAACAACAACCAAAUUAUAGAAUUAGAUUGA